AUGGACAACCCACAAUUACUUCCUGCUAGUUAUCUACAGCAACCAGUUGACUCCCCAUCAUCAGAUAAUCCUGAGAACUUAAGACCAACUUCAUCAACUCCUUACAAGAUUCCUAAUGUACCGAGUGAGGGAGUUAACAUUACAGUCCGCCUGUCACCAGAUGGUAAUCCAGUUCCUCUUAGUGAUGUUGAAGCUAUUAAUACUGAUAAUGUUAAGUCAAUAAAAGUGUUUGUAUAUGAUGAUACUCAAAAGGAUUAUGUACCAAUAGAAGAAGUAACUGGCUCUACAUUAACAAAGAAAGUAUUACCUGAUGGAGUUGAUACAUCCAAAAUCAAAAUACUUGUUAUACCUGAUAAUCCAGACAAUCCAGUUGAAAUUAAAUUGAAAAUCCAUGCCUGUUUUGAAG